AUGACACAAUGGGAAUCGUAUCCAGAAGAGAUGGCUAUGCUGACGGGAUCUGGGAACACAGUUGAAAGGACUAGUUCCAUUUAUCAAUUCACCCCUAAGGUCGAUAAGCAGGGAGUCCUACGAGUCGAUGGACGAAUUGGAGCAGCCAAGCGAACUGCCUAUGGUGUAAAAUUCCCAGUGAUACUUCCUCAAAAACAUCACGUAACAAAUUUGAUUUUGGAAGAUUUGCAUCGAAAGUUUAAACAUGGCUAUAAUGAGACAGUUGUGAACGAAGCUCGCCAACAGUUUUGCAUCCCACACUUGCGGCGAGUUGUACGAAAUAUAUCCAACCGCUGCCUGCUAUGUAGAAUGCGAAAAGCGUGUCCGGUUGUUCCACAAAUGGCUCCACUACCCGAAGCACGACUAUCACCUUUUGUUCGGCCCUUCACGUACGUUGGAGUGGAUUAUUUCGGACCAAUCUUAGUAAAAAGAGGACGAUGUCAUGAAAAACGAUGGGUAGCUCUCUUUACGUGUCUAACUAUACGAGCAAUUCACGUGGAGGUUGUUUACAGCCUCACGACGGAGGCCUUCAUUAUGAGUGUACGUAGGUUCGUCAAUCGUCGAGGAGCUCCUAUAGAAUUACAUAGCGACAAUGGAACGAACUUCCAUGGCGCAGAAAGAAUUCUUCGUCAACAGAUAUAUGUUGGGUUAUCCGCUACAUUCACCAACGCUUCCACGACGUGGAGGUUCAUUCCCCCCGGCGCGCCCCACAUGGGAGGGUGUUGGGAACGUAUGGUACGUUCAGUCAAGUCUGCACUGUCAACGUCUUAUGGUGAUGAAAAACUAGAUGACGAGGCUUUCCAAACGCUGUUAGUGGAGGCUGAGUCGAUAGUUAAUAGUCGUCCACUAACGUACUUACCGCUACAGUCAACGGAACAGGUAGCUUUAACGCCAAACCAUUUCUUGCUCGGCAGUUCAUCAGGAGUUACACAGCCUUCGGUCCAACACAUCGGCGAUGCUAAUGAACUGAGACGAUCCUGGAGAACUCUGCAAAAGCAACUGGAUAGAUUUUGGAAGAGAUGGGUGAGGGAAUAUAUGCCGACACUCACGAAGCGUACAAAGUGGUUUGGAAAAACGAAAAACAUUCAACCUGGAGAGUUGGUGCUAAUCAUUGACGAUAGAAAGCGGAAUCAAUGGACCCGUGGACGAGUUCUAGAAGUGAUUACAGCAGCAGAUGGUGCCGUCAGACAAGUUAUAGUACAAACCUCAGGAGGAAUACUGAGACGUCCAUCUUCAAAACUAGCUGUUCUGGAGUUUGUUGAAAGUGAUGUAACUUCGAAAGCCGAAGGUUCCAUUGGGGGGAGGAUGUUGCCGCCGCAAAAUACCCCUGGUAACCCGGACGAAUUAGGUAGCCCUGCACAACAAAGGCAGCCAACAGCUACAACGGUUUGA